AUGUCAGCAAUGCAAAAUCAAAUCGCCGCAGGCGCCAUAGCAUCACACGUAGCAAACGUCUGUCCCGAAGGCACUAAAGCGUACCUCCUCGAGUGCGGCUGGCUCGAAUGUGACGAGGGUUUCGUGGUGCGCGGGGGAAAUACUUCGUUGAUGAGUACAGCUGGCGAGAAGUUUGUGAAUAAGAGGAGGGAGUUGCCGAUUUAUUGUGUGUUGAUUGAUCAUCCCCAUGAGGGUUGUAUUCUUUGGGAGACGGGAUGUGGCAAAGACUACCCCGAAGUCUGGGGCCCUCAAGUCGCGGACGUAUUUUCGAGGAUAAGGUAUGAGCCGCAACAUGAACUCAAAGCUGCAAUCGAGGCUACGGGUCAUAAACUUGAGGAUAUUAAGAAGAUUAUCUUGGGACACAUGCAUCUUGAUCACGCAGGCGGUCUUGAUCAAUUCAUGGACCGUAAGGAUGUCGAGAUCUGGGUGCAUGAUAAGGAGUUGAGAUCGGCGUUUUGGUCUGUGGCUACGGGGGCGGAUGAGGGUGUUUAUUUGAAACAUUAUAUGGAUUUGAGUUUGAAUUGGAAAACAUUUGAUGAUCGGACUGUGGACUUUUGUCAGGGUAUUACACUGCAUCAUCUCCCAGGUCAUACAGAUGGACUUGUGGGCAUGCAACUUAAUCUCCCGAACAGCGGAACAUUCUUCUUCAUCAGUGAUCACUGUCACGUUAUCGAGAACUGGAGAGACGGUAUCCCUCAAGGCUGGCUCGCUCGUGAUCAUCCUGCCUGGUUUCAAUCCACUCAACGCCUCAAAAGACUAGAAUCCACAACCAAAGGCCGCGUCAUCCCAGGCCACGACAAAGAAACAUUCUUGCAGCUGCAGAGUGAGAUUAAGGAUUACCUGAGUUAA